UCCCCGCACGAGAUGUCCGCCUCUCCCAACGCCGGACGCCCUCCAUUAAAGCGCGCUCCAUCUCCGACCGAAGAAGAGGCCGAAGCGCGACGAGCUCGAGAGGGAAUCCGGCGACACGGGCGAUGGCGCUGAAGCUGAAUCAUCCUCUCCACGUCGCGUCGCCGCCGCGGAAGCUGGCGGCUGCGGCGGCCGUCGUCGGCGUCGUCGGCGGCGUUCUUCGCGGCGCCGCCGGUGGCCGGCGGUCGGCCCAGAUCUCCCAGGUUCCGCAUGGCAUCCACUCUCCGCUCCGAUUCCAGGGAGGUGGAAAAUAGCAAGAAGCCAUUUAUGCCUCCUAGGGAAGUGCAUGUUCAAGUAACACAUUCCCUGCCACCCCAAAAGAUUGAAAUAUUUAAGUCAAUGGAGGAUUGGGCUGAGAAGAACAUCUUGGUUCACCUGAAACCAGUUGAGAACUGUUGGCAAGCACAGGAUUUUCUACCAGAUCCUGCCUCUGAUGGAUUUGAAGAACAAGUAAGGGAACUGAGGGAGAGGGCAAAGGAAAUUCCUGACGAAUAUUUUGUGGUUUUGGUUGGAGAUAUGGUCACCGAAGAAGCCCUUCCGACUUACCAGACAAUGCUUAAUACCUUGGAUGGGGUCAGGGAUGAAACAGGUGCCAGCCCUACGCCUUGGGCGAUUUGGACUAGGGCAUGGACUGCUGAGGAAAAUAGACAUGGAGAUCUCCUUAACAAGUACCUUUACCUAUCUGGACGAGUAGACAUGAGGCAGAUUGAGAAGACAAUCCAGUAUUUGAUCGGGUCAGGAAUGGAUCCUAGAACAGAGAACAAUCCUUACCUCGGCUUUAUCUAUACUUCGUUUCAAGAAAGGGCAACGUUCGUUUCUCAUGGGAACACUGCAAGGCUUGCCAAGGAGCAUGGGGACUUGAAAUUGGCUCAAAUAUGUGGAACGAUCGCCUCGGAUGAGAAGCGCCAUGAGACUGCCUACACCAAGAUAGUGGAAAAGCUGUUUGAAAUCGACCCAAAUGGAACCGUCUCUGCUUUUGCCGACAUGAUGAGGAAGAAGAUUUCUAUGCCGGCCCAUUUGAUGUUUGAUGGUCGCGAUGACAAUCUCUUUGAGCACUUUUCGGCCGUUGCACAGCGCCUUGGAGUUUACACAGCAAAAGAUUAUGCAGAUAUUUUGGAGUUCUUGGUGGGCAGAUGGAAGGUGGGGAACCUAACUGGGCUUUCUGCAGAGGGACGGAAAGCCCAGGAAUAUGUCUGCACUCUGCCUCCAAGAAUUAGAAGACUGGAAGAGAGAGCUCAGGGAAGGGCGAAGGAAGGGCCAAUCGUUCCGUUCAGUUGGAUUUUCGAUAGAAAACUGCAGCUCUAGAGUGGGUACGUGACCGCAGAGUUCCAGUUUCGCUCUCUUUCAGUCCGCUUCAUUAUAGAAUUAUAAACAGAACCUGUUGCAGUCAUGCUUCGUCGCAAUCACCGCAAGCCAUUUUGGGAGAAGUUGUCUGGGAGCACCAUGCUAGAUGUAAAUGCGGUUUAUUUCUCUCGUAGGUAAGAGAGAUAAUUAGCCGUGCUGGCAGCUGUAGUUUUCGAUAUCAUGUUCUGUAAUGGACUCUCUUUUCUCUAGGAAGUUCCAUAUUGUCAUGUGCCUAGCAGAUCGAUCUGUGCCGAUUUUGAUAAUGUGAAAACUCUAAUAAGAGGAACUUCCGAUAUUUUUGUA